CGCAAUGUGUAGCUGGAACUGGUAAUAUUUUUACUUUCUACCGUAGUGUAUCCUCAAUGAGAAAAUUAAUGAGGAUAAGAAAACUGAAGGAAGAGAAGAAGGCGUAAUAACCAAAUGAUAAUAAUAAUAAUAAUAAUAAUAAUAAUAAUAAUAAUAAUAAUAAUAAUAAUAAUAAUAAUAAUAUGGAAGGUAUUGAAUGAACAAACUAAUCGAGGGAAGACAAGGGUAGUGAUAUGAAUAGAUAAACGCAUAUAGAUAACUAGAAACAAGUGUAGUGAAAGGCAAGCGCACAGUUUGUUUACGUUCUUGUGUUUACUCGUGACGUCACACUCACGACUUCAACAGGUGUAGGACAUGGCUCGACCUUCCUCUUUCCUCACCACUUAACAUUUGGGUUGCGAACACUGUUGAAUGGGACACAUCUGCAUUCCACUCAGCCACCAGGACAGCCAUACGUGAAGCUGUGUGAGAAACAUGGUGGAAAUUAAUAAUUGAGUUGCAAGAGAGCAUACAUGGCAUCAGGCAAGCAGGGCCUUCUGGUGGUGGUGUGGGAGUGGGAAAACAAACAAAGGCGAUGGAGACCCUAUCCACCAGAAGUCGCCCAGCAGCUGGAGCGAGCUUAUGCAAAAAAUCUGCGUUCUGUAUUUCUUGGAGACUCUGAUCCCACUCUGAAGAAUUACUGCAUCCACCUUCCUCAAAUGGAGCAAGAAUGCAUCAGUUCUGGAGACCGAAUAAAAGUGCGCAGAAACUUCUUCCCCCAGAGUUCUCCAGCUGGGCAGGGGGCUGUGUGGCAGUGGGCUGGGGAUGUGCCUGGGGACUGGCAUACCUAUGAUAUGUGUGUGCAGUGUAUCAUUGAAGAGUCUUGGGGAACAGGAGCUCAGACUCUGGAUAUGAGCCAGACUUUUCCGGCCUGCCCAUAUAUCAUCAAUUUCUGCAACCUGAACCAGGUCAAUAGUAAGACCGGCUUUGUGCGGGCCAUACGCCGGGUGCAGCAGGCAGCCUAUCCUGUGGGGAAGCCACCAGCAUCCUCAUCACAGCUCAGCCACACAAGUGGCAGCAACCAGACUAUGUACAAUGCCAACAAGGGAUCAAAUGUAGCUCCUAUCCCUGCUUCUUGCUCUAGUGGGGAGAGGCAAAAGCACAGAGGCAACAAGGAUGACUCGGAGUGUUCUCAUACUGAGAAUAAAUCACGUGCUCUCAUCUCUAAGGUAUGGCCUCGUAGUAACAAGAGCAGUACCAGUAGCUGUGCUGGAACGUCAGAUCCUUCGUCUUCUGGACGACAGCUGGGUCAGUGGGGAAACAAAGGUGGAUCAAGUCCCCCUAAACCACUCCCUCGGUCCAAUGUUCCUCCUAUAGCCAGACCACGAUCCAGUGCCCCUCCCAGGCCACUACACUUCCAGAAUUCUCCUUCACACUCCCAUGCCAUCCCUCAGCACAAUGGUAAUCAUCACCUGGUUGAGGAUAAUGACUCCACCACAUAUUUACCACACAGCACAAGGAAUGAAUUAUCUUCAGGCAAGUUUGGAUCCAAUCACACACUAGACUCAGAUUGCAGCUCUCUGAUGAGUGGCCGCCGGCCCAGUGUGGACACCAUUUCUACUUACCUCUCUCAAGAUGAUGAUACAAACAACAGUAACCAUUAUUCUGGCAGCAUGGAAACUGGUUUCAUGUCCAGUCCAGUGGUGGACCAACUUAUUAAUGUGGAGUCUGAUGAGAAUAUGGAUGAAGAUGUUUUUGCUGAAGACCAAGAAGUGUGUGAUGUGAUGAGAGGUGCUGCUGGGCACUCUCCUCGCCCACAUGAUGUCUCACCACUUAAUACUGAUCACGCUCACCACCACCGCAACACCUCCAGAGGACAAACAUCUACUCUCCAGCAGUGCCACUUCAUGCCCAUUAAUGCAGCUCAUUCUGGCUCUGAGAUUGCCCUUCAAAUUAAUGGUGUCAAGCGCAAAAGAACUAGAGAGAGAACAGCACAGGGGUUGUCUCAAUUACCAUCUCCAGAAACCUGCAUGAGAGGAGGGGAUAUUUCACCUUGGGACUCACAGUACCAUACCAACAAUAGGAGCUUCACAAACAGAAGUCACAAAGGUCAUCAAGGUUCCCGGGCUCCUAUUGCUCCUGAGGAUAAACUGUUGUUGCAGUACACCAGUGCAGUGGAGUCUCCACCAGAUGACACGUGCUCCAUUUGUAUGAGAAGUCUGACUGAGGUGUCAGGAUAUCUGGAGGAAGAAGAAGUUUCUAGAAUAUCCCAGCCAUCAGGUAGAGGUGUACAGAGUGAUGGUGUGGUGAGCCUCAAUUUGUGCAGGCACCAGUUCCAUCUUGCAUGUGUGAGAGAAAUGGCCAAGAGCUUCCCUCAAUUUCUGGAGUGCCCCAAUUGUAAGACCCUGCAUGGGGAAAAGCUUGGUAACCAACCCCCUGGCAAUAUGAAUGUCACAACACUGCGCAGCUCCCUCCCUGGUCAUCCUGACUGUGGUACAUUGCAAAUAACGUACAGCAUCAAUAGUGGCAUACAAGGCCCUGAACAUCCUCACCCUGGCAGGCCCUAUCGUGCUAUUGGCUUUCCUCGCACUGCUUAUGUCCCCAACAAUGAGAAGGGUAAAAAGGUAGUGAGACUCCUGCGAGAGGCGUGGCGACGGCGAUUAAUCUUCACUGUAGGUCCCUCAGUCACCACAGGUAUGGAUAACUGUGUCACCUGGAAUGAGAUCCACCACAAGACUGAGUGGAACAACACAAGAGGCCAUGGCUACCCUGACCCUGGGUAUCUGGACAACACCCUGAAGGAGCUGGCUCUUCACGGUAUCACAGAGUCCACUCUAGUGUAGCUCCUCCGUCAGCGGCUGCAAAAUAAGGCAACUGGUGGUGUGAAUGAUUAAAAAAAUUUUAAGGGGAGCAUCACACUUAAAUUUCAUGAAAAGUCUCAAGUUUUAGUACACUUGAGCUUCUAUGGAACUAUUUUGUAAAGAAAUAUGGAAAAAUGAAGUUGUAGCUGAUUUCCUCCAUCCUUCUCUUAUCUUACACAUCAACAAGGAAUGUGUAGAUGCAUACCAUAAUCAUCUACUUUCUCUUUGAAAAUAUCUAAAUAAAAACAGGACUCAUUGGCAUCUAGAGGCAAAUCAGCAUUUGUCAGAUGAUGAGGCCUCAUCCCCAUGUUUAUACUACUCAGUAACCUAGACAUAGAAAGAGGUAGGGUUUGGUGCUUGUCUCCCAUCCUUCUACCAUUCUUGCUCUCUUCAGACCAUGCACCCCUUGCUCAGUUUGGCUUUUAGGCAUUGUUUGAAAAUACCACAGCCAAGGUCAUCAAGACACAAAGCAGAGCAAGUCUGGUAAUAAUGAGGGAGGCAGUGUUUCUUGACAUCCUCACCUUGGGUGAUAAUUAAUUGUAAUAAAGGGGCAAUGAGGUACCAGACUGACACACUAUAGAAUGCCAUGAAAAUGUCAUUGUAACACUGGAAAAUUGGUGCAGAGUAUUGUCCAAGGAUGAAUUAACAGGCAACUACUCAGAUGCACCAUGGCUUUUACUUGCACAUUUUCAGCCUGAACUUUUUAGAUGUCUAUUUAUUUGCAUAUUUUUAUUUUCAUUUAUAUAUUUUAAAAAUUUUCAAUAGUAGCAGUUAAAUUUUUAAUUUUCCAUUUUCUUAUGUGACACUCCCCUUAAGGGAAUGGAGAAAAGUUGAAUGAAUUGUAUACAUUAAUUUUCUAAAUUAUGCUUCAAAAAUUAAAUGUAGCUAUUAUUAUCUAAGAUGUAGUCUGAAAUACAAAACACAACUAUUAAUAUCUCAGGUGUUUGUUGCCUUUUUCUAUACUUAAGAAGACAGCUUUAUUGUUAAUGGGGAAAACUGCAACCCUCUGAAUUAUUGUUGAAUUUGAUCUACAGAAUAAAGCUUGUAUAUCUUGACAA